GACUAAGAGUUGACAUAUUUUUGUGGAAUGACCCAUAAAGAGAAAAAAUAAUCAAGAAAUGCGGGCAAAUGCUCAAAUACUCAUCGAUUUUUCUGUAUGUCAAUAGAACUAGGUGAACUAGAAUGAUCCUAUUCUAUCAAUUUUUAACGCCUUUCCAGUAAAAAAUAGGAAAGGUUAUUUUUUAUACAAAAAGGUUAUUUUUUUAUAUUUCUAGUAAUUUCUGACAUGACCCGACUGGCAACACUUUUCUUCAUGUGAAGUCUUGUUUGUUUGUUGGUCUUAUAUUUUAUUGUAAUUAGUACGUUAAUAACACAAAUUUAAGCUUUCCCCAGUCUUAUUUUAUAAACAACCAUGGAACCUGGAUAUGUCAAAGCAAACAGCAAUAAUUUGCCCAGAAUUGACGCAGUUAUGCUUGGCCGUUUUUUUGCUACAAACAGUGAUUUUUGCUCAUCGGAAUUCCGCAAUGUGAAAACCAGCAUGUCCUCAAGAGCUUCCUAUGGAGACGACGCCGUAAGCUACGUGCAAAUUAAGCGUGAUGGUAAAUUUUGUACACUUAAGUGCAAAAUAUGUCCUGAACAUAAAGUUCAUGCCAAAUUAUAUAGAUGCACGCUUAUUCUUAAUGAAGAAGAUGAAGUCAUUCAGUCCAUUCAAUGUGAAGAUUGUUUAGCUUCACAGGGUGGAUGUAAACACGCUAUUGCUUUCCUGAUGUGGGUUCAUCGUAGAAGUGAGGAGCCAUCAUGUACAUCGGUUGACUGUUAUUGGAAGAAGUCUAAAUUGUCAAGAGUUGGUAGCAGCUUAAAAUACUUGACUGCUAAAGAGUUAUCUAAUGGUAACCCUGCACUACCUGGAAAUUCAGCUGUAUUAAAUAAGUUUUUAGAUGAAGCAAGGAAAAGAAAAAUAGAAGACUGUGAAAUUUUUAAAUACCAACCCACAUACUGCCCAAGAGAAACACAGGCUGCUUCAAUGCAUCAAUUGAUAUUUAAAUUUAAAGAAAAAAAUGUUGAAGAUUUUUUGAAAAAAAUUCAAAUAACCAAUAGUUUAAUCACAAAAGUAGAGGAAGAAACAAGAGGUCAAUCCAAUAGUCCUCUUUGGUUUGAAUUGCGUUAUGGUAGAGUAACUGCUUCUAGAGCAUAUGAAAUAAGUCGAUGCAAAACCACUGAUGGCACAUUGAUUUCUCUAAUACUAGGAGGUAAAAUUCCAGAUACUCCAUCUAUGAAACGUGGACGUGUCCUUGAAGAUGAGGUUAGAAAAGUGGUGGAGUGUAAAAUUGGCCAAAAAAUUAGAAGGUGCGGCCUUCUAUUAAGCUCUGAAUACCCUGUGCUUGCAGGCUCUCCAGACGGAAUUUUCGAAGGUGGAAUAAUAGAAAUUAAAUGUCCAUUAAAUGAAAAAACAUAUAAGAAUUAUGUGAAAAAUGGAAGUGCUACAGAAAAAUAUAAUGCCCAAAUGCAGAUUCAAAUGUUCUUAUCCCAAAAGAAAAACUGUUUCUAUUGUGUAGCUGACCCAAACUUCAGUAGCAAUAAAAAAGUUGAAAUAAUAAAUGUCUCAUUUGAUUUUGAAUAUGUAGACAAUUUAAUAAAAAAUAAUUUAUUGCACUUUUGGAAAACCAAUAUUUUUCCUUUAUUAUAUUCAAGUGUUGAAUAAAUAUGGGUGCACAUUUUGAAUAAAAAACAUUUUAAAAGUU